GCGUGCGCGGGGCCGCGGCGGAGGCAGGGCCGGGCGGGCGGCAGAAGAUGGCGAGGGUGUGUAGGCGGCAGCAAUGCUCCGUUGAGAGACGCGGCUUUCGGCAGGAACUGGACUCGUGGCGCCACAAGCUCAUUCACUGUGUAGGUCCCGUUUCCCUCUGUGCGGCGGCCGGCGGGACCAUAAGGGCUUAACUCAUAUAUUUAACCCCCCUCCAAAAAGGUUUCGUUGGAAGGAAUUAUGCAAAUCCUGCUUUCUGGUGUCCAUUCAGCGGCAAUUUCAUGCGGGUUUGAAAGUAUUCUUGAAGGGCUGUUUGGACCUGCAUUAUUAAAAGAUCUCAGUUUAUUUAAAGACUGUGAACGUGAAAGCAUUUCUGAUUGGACUUUUGAUGAAAAUUGUCUAUUCUGUUGCUUGAGAAGAGAUAAAGUAAAGGGACACUUAGUCGGUCUGGAUGAACCAGCUUCGGGAGCUGGGCAAGAAGCUCUGCUUAAACAAGAGCAAGCAAAAAUCAUUCGAUUCGAGAGACAAGCAGAAGAGUUCCUCAAUGCAGUCUUUUAUAGAAAAGACAGUCCCUGGGUCUCUGACCCCAAUAUUCCCCUAGUGGCCCGUGAGAUCAUGCAGCGAAUGAUCCAACAAUUUGCUGCUGAAUAUACCUCAAAAAAUAGCUCUACUCAGGACCCCAGCCAGCCCAAUAGCACAAAGAACCAAAGCCUGCCGAAAGCAUCUCCAGUCACCACCUCUCCCACGGCUGCAACUACUCAGAACCCUGUGCUCAGCAAACUUCUCAUGGCUGACCAAGACUCACCUCUGGACCUUACUGUCAGAAAGUCUCAGUCAGAACCUAGCGAACAAGACGGUGUACUUGAUCUCUCCACUAAGAAAAGUCCAUGUGCUGGCAGCACUUCCCUGAGCCAUUCUCCAGGUUGCUCCAGUACUCAAGGGAACGGUGAGAACUCAACAGAGGCUAUAGCAGUAGAUUCUAACAAUCAGUCGAAGUCCCCACUGGAGAAGUUUAUGGUCAAACUGUGCACUCAUCAUCAGAAGCAGUUCAUCCGUGUCCUGAACGAUCUGUACACUGAAUCCCAGCCAGACACUGAGGACCUGCAACCUGAUUCUGGAGCAAUGGAUACAUCCACUUGCAAUGCUGGCUGUGCCCAGCUAGGAACAAAACAUAAGGAAAAGGAUGCUGCGUGUCUCGAUAUGAAGUCUCCUACUUCUGUAGAUUUGUUCGUAGACUCAUCAGGCUCACACAGCCCUCUACAUUUGACAGAACAGGCCCUCAAGGAGCCUCCUCCUGAGUCAAACUCUGUAGAUGGAAGAGAGAAUGCCUUGACUGUUAUCCAGAAAGAUUCCUCUGAACUUCCAACCACUAAACCUAAUUCUGGUAGUUCAAUGGAUAGUUCCACUCUGGGAUACCUCACUGCAUCUAAUUCUUCCUCAUUAAGCUUCCACCACAACUCUAAGAGCUUGGAGGGGCAAACCACUGGACAGGAGCAAGACACGAAUAUGAAAAUAUGUGAGGAUGGGAAAGACCAUAUGCAGAGCUCAGCUUUAGUAGAAAGUCUAAUUGCAGUGAAAGUGGCCACUGAGAAUAGUGAGGAGAGCAACAGCUGUAUUGUUUCUCAAAGAAAUUCAUUCAAAGCUUUAUCAGAAGAGGCUUGGGACUCAGGGUUUAUGGAGAAUUCACCUAGAACUGCUGACAAAGAGAAUGCUUUACUUUGUAGCUCAAAAACAUCUAUGCGCCAGGAGUUAGAGUCCAGUGAACAAGAUUCGAGGCCAAAGCAAGAGAACCAUCUUCACUCACUAGGAAGAAAUAAGGUGAGUUAUCAUUUACAUCCCAGUGAUAAGGGUCAGUUUGAUCAUUCCAAAGAUGGUUGGUUAGCUCCCAGCCCAAUGCCAGCUGUACACAAAGCAUCCAAUGGACAUUCACGAACCAAGAUGAUAUCAACCUCCAUUAAGACAGCUCGGAAAAGUAAAAGGGCAUCAGGGUUGAGGAUAAACGAUUAUGAUAACCAGUGUGAUGUCGUUUAUAUCAGUCAGCCAAUAACAGAAUGCCACUUUGAGAAUCAAAGAUCAAUAUUAUCUUCACGGAAAACAGCCAGGAAGAGUACUCGAGGAUACUUUUUCAAUGGUGAUUGUUGUGAGCUGCCAACUGUUCGCACACUGGCCAGAAAUUUACACUCCCAAGAGAAAGCGGGCUGUUCAACAGUGGAGCCAGAGACAGUGGUCACUCCCAAGCAGACCCUUACACUUUCAGCGCCUGCACCUGUAGUGGAUAUGCAGGAUCCCAGAGAAGACAACCAGGAAGAACCUAGUAAAGAAACAACCUCCCUCAAGGAAGGAGAAGGAGAAGCUUCCUCUGACAAGGAAUCUCAAGAGUCUGAGGUUUGCCCCAUGACAAAUAAACCAAGUCCAAGCAGCUCUCCUAAGUCAGAGGAAAUGACAGCCCCCAGCCUGGUGUCUGCUCUACCUGCUCACCUUCCUGAAGAGGACAGGCCAGAAGGCAGCUCCACGGUCUCAAUUCCCACUGCAAGUGGGAUAGCUUCCCCUGAACAAGACCAACAACAAGUCGAGCUGCUGGGUAUCAAGGAUGUCAAGGAGGGGACUCUUAUCCAAGAUGGUCACCUGGUUUCCUCUACUGAGAACAUUUCUGAGGGAGGCAGUGAAGAUGUUGUUUCUAGGCCUCAUUCUUCUCCUGAAGAAGCCAAUAGAGAGGAAGAUCCUCCAUGCUCAGAAAGUCCCCCAGUGGGCCCAGAGCCUCCUCUGAGCCUGGGGAAAGCUGAAGACAACCAAAGCAUCAGUACUGAGGCCACAACUAAAGACACUCAGGAGCUAGAUACUGACCCACUCUUGAAGGAAAGCAGCACUUUUACUAAUGAAAACCCCAGUGAAAUUGAGGACAGUGAGGCAGCAGGUGGUACAGGAAAAUUAGAGGGACAGGGCAGUGACAUAAAACAUUCUUCAGAAAAAGAUGUAUGCGAUCAAAACAUUGACUCACCUGAAGAGAAUGUGGACAAGAAGAAAAAAGGUAAAAAAACUCCUGAAGCCUCUGACAGGUGCCUAAGGAGUCAGCUUUCAGAUCCCUCCUCUGUCGAUAGGUGCCUAAGAAGUCAAAGUUCAGAUUCUUCCUCUGCUUGUCCUGAGAUCAAGGUUUCCAAAAAUCCUGGUACAAAACGUUCUAAAAAAGAAGGGUGCCCUGGUGAGAUGGCACCUGAGAGCCUUCUGGCUGACAGUUUCCAUACAAAAGGUCUGGAGGAUACUGAAAACCCAGAUGUCAAUGAAAAUCCUUAUGAGAAAGAUGCUGAGCAGGAGGGUGAAGGAGGUGGGAUCAUCACCAGGCAGACUUUUAAGAACAUGCUAGCAAAACAAGUGAAGGGGGAAGAAGGAGAUAUUUUUCCUAGCAGUGAUCCUAUAUCCACAGUUGGCCAGCCCCUGCCUGGAGAGAGACUGGAAAUUUAUGUUCAGUCUAAGUUAGGUGAGAAAAAUGCUCAUGACCCCUCAGAAAGUAUUCCUUAUACCUUCCCAGAACAAUCAAAAGAGAAGCCAGAACCAAUUCCUGCACAAGAUACGGAGGAGGUUGUGAAUGAGGUAGGCACUGCAAACACCCAGGAUAAAGAUGACAAUAGUGACGCACCAUCCAGUGCACUUGGGUUGUCAAGCAGUGGAAGUGGUGAUACUGCUGGGCCCCCCAAAUGGGUACCAAGGCUUACAAGACUGACCUCUUCGACCUAUAACCUAAGACACGCUCAUUCUCUGGACUCCUUGGAUACUGCAAAAGUGACUUCAGAAAAGGAAGCAGCACAAGGAAACCCAAUGCCAAAGGAAAAUGAAGCUUCAGAGAGUGGAGAUCCCUUAGAUGAUGACGAUGUGGACACGGUGGUAGAUGACCAGCCAAAGUUUGUGGAAUGGUGUGCAGAGGAGGAGAACCAAGAGCUUAUUGCCAACUUCAAUGCCCAGUACAUGAGAGUUCAGAAAGGCUGGAUUCAGUUGGAAAAAGAAGCACAGCCAACACCAAGAUCAAGGAACAAGUCAGAUAAACUGAAGGAGAUUUGGAAAAGCAAGAAAAGGUCACGGAAAUGUAGGGGUUCGUUGGAGGUUCAAAAGUUUUCUCCUGUUCAGAUGCUGUUUAUGACACACUUUAAGUUAUCUAAUGUUUGCAAAUGGUUCUUAGAAACAACUGAAACCCGGUCUCUGGUGAUCGUGAAGAAGCUCAAUACUCGUCUUCCAGGAGACAUCCCCCCUGUCAAGCAUUCUCUUCAGAAGUACUCUCCUUCCAGCCUGUACCCCAGUUCACUACAGGCUGAGCGCUUGAAAAAACACUUGAAGAAAUUUCCUGGAGCUACUCCUGCUAGGAACAAUUGGAAAACACAGAAGCUCUGGGCUAAAUUUCGAGAAAAUCCUGAUCAAGUGGAGCCAGAGGAUGGCAGUGAUGUCAGCCUCAGCCUCAAUUCUGAAGACAGCAUAGAGGAAGUCAAGGAAGGUCGAAAUAGCCAUCCUCCUACAAACUCGCCUACUCCAGCAAGUACCCGGAUCCUCAGAAAAUAUUCCAAUAUUCGAGGAAAGCUCAGAGCCCAGCAAUGCUUAAUCAAAAACGAGAAAAUGGAAAGCCCAUUUGGACAGCCUGUGGAAAGUAAACAGAGCUGUAAGAGUGUAUGCAUCAAUCCUUUGAUGUCCCCCAAGCUUGCCCUGCAAGUGGAUGCAGAUGGGUUUCCCAUUAAGCCCAAGAGUACUGAUGGAAUGAAGGGAAAGAAAGGGAAGCAUGUGUCAGAAAUCUUACCCAAAGCAGAAGUGCAGAAUAAACGCAAGAGGACAGAGAGCAGCACUCAGGACAGGAAGGACAAGGGGCCUGUGGUGAAAGCCAGCAAAGAAAAGCAUCCUGAUGGAUCCACCAAAACCCCUGCAGCCAAGAAGCCAGCUGCAAGGGACAGAGUCAGCCAACUGCCCAAAAAGACAUCCUUGAAAGAGAAUAAAGUGAAGAUCCCUAAAAAGUCUCCUGGGAAGAACUGCCCUCCCUCCAGGAGGGAAAAAGAGAAUACAAGCAAAAGACCCACCCAGCCCACUGCCUCGGAGACAGGGACAAAACCUGCAAAGCAAAAGGGGGUAGGUGAAUCCUCUUCCAGGCCACAAAAAGCCACCAACAGGAGGCAGAGCAGUGGAAAGACUCGGGCCAGACCCUUGACAAAAACCCCUGAGAGCAGUGCAGCCCAGAGAAAGCGAAAGCUGAAGGCAAAGCUGGACUCUUCUCAUGGCAAACGGAGACGGCUAGAUGCAAAGUGAUCACAAGGCUGGCAGCCACGAGUUAAACUGUCCUACAGAAGUAACCCUUCAUUUUGCAUUAAUUAAAUCUGCUUUUAUAAGCUUAUCCAGCCUUUCAAAUCUGCAGUUAAUGAAGAACACCACAAUUGAAGAUGUCAGAAAAUGCACCUCAGAUGGAGAAGGGAACUUGCAGAGUCUUUCUCUGAGGCUGAGUAAGGGAAGUUAUAUAUUAUAUUCUGGUUGUUCCUUGGGUUUUAAACUUGGAACCAAGCAGUUUUAGUUUUUAAAAGUACAGUGCCUUAUUUAUCCUUUUUGUUUUUAAAUUUUACAAAAGCUAAAAAGCUGAUCUAUGUGAUUAAAGGCUUGUAUUUUAUACUUGAUGCACAAGCACUUGUACUGUAGCCGAGAAGACCACCAUCAUGCACAUAAAAGUAGCUUUUCAGCAGCCACCCUGCAGUGUCUGUACAUGAACAGAUGCUCAUCUUUGCAAACCCUAGCAGUGAACUUCCCUCUCUAUCUUGUUUGUUUAAAAGAUAUUCGAAAGCUAAACCAAAUCAUUUUUAUGGUAUGUGGAGAAUGCAGAGGGAAUUUAUGAUUAUUAUGAAAGAUGAAUAUUUCUGUUACCCUUUUUAAAAAAUCAUAUUCAUUAUUGGUCACUCCUCUCACUUUUGAUCCUUUGUCAUUUAGAAAAUGUAUUCUAAAUUACAUGCCCAUGGGACAAAAGAUGUGUCACAAGAUGUUAAUAUUGGGUUAUGAUCUCUAAAAAUUAUUUACACCCCCUCAGGUGAUUUGCAUUACUGACUCUUACCAUCCUUUUCAUUUUUGGCCUUGCUAGCAUUCUAACGAGGUUUUCACCUGACUUUAGAGGGAAAAAAAAUACAGGAUUUUUUUUUUUCAUCUUGUGACUGUAACUUGACAUUUAGGAUGAGAGUGGCUGUUCUAAUAUUCUUUCUUACCCUGAAAACUUCCAUAUUCAAAGAAAGCCGUUAUUUCCAGUAAUAGAAAAGUUUAAGAGUUUGUGUGUACAUGUGCAUUUGGGUGCAUUUGCCUGUGGUUAUUAGCCACAGAUGUCUCCCAGCCCCAGUUCUACAGUAAAAUUCUUUCUUCCCCAUGCAGUGAGCUGGGUAAUUAGCACAGGUCAGAUGGUUUAAAUGUGGCCCAGGGUCUCUAUGAGUAUCCCCAAAACCAGUUGGGCACCAGGCUCAGAAAGGUCUAAACAGCACAGUUAUAUUAAGGUCAGAGCAGCCUUGCGGUGGAGGAAACAGCUCCAGCGUCUCCUUGUGGGCCCACACCCAUCCUCUCACCUGGAGCUCAUGUUCUGUUGGCAUAUCCCAAUGUGAAUGUACAUGCUUAAAGUGGGUAUUAGCAUUCUGAUUGAUUAGCACCAUACUGAUAGUUAAUGCUUGUAGUAGCACUCCUGCCUCUGUCAUGUCAGGUUCUGUUUCAUGGCUCAAAAGUGAGAGCUGCAGUGUUUGUAACUAAUGUUUGCCUUUCCUGAGUGACACCUGAGGUGGUUGCAUUGGUUUUACCUUGGUGCCUAUAACAUUGCUCCAUUAUAACAUAGUGUGUACUCAAUAUUUCCACUGGGCCACUCUACACAAAAGGCUUGGUUGUUAAUGCUUCAACCAACUUCUCUAAUGUGCUCUGUCACAGAAGUAGGCUUGUAUGGACAGGUGCUACUCUGUCCUUUUAUUAAAAAUUUUCCAUUUAGAUUGUUCAGAUCUGUUUAGGUAAACCCAGAUGAACUUUUUUCAUGCAUAGUUUGAUCAAGUCAUGAUAAAAACAGGCCUUCUUCCCAUUUUGUUAAAGGUUUGCUAUAUAUAAUGAGAACUUCUGCUGACUGGAUAGGACUGGAGAGAAACAUUUGAUUCAUGGGAAAUGGAGAAGUGUUGAAUUUCAUAGACAGUGAAGCUGUCUUCAAUGAAGCCUUGACUCCCCCCCCCCCCCCCCCCCCGCAAUGUCUCCUCUAUCCCAUGAGUCUCUUUUUUUUUGUUUGAAUAUCUUUGACUUUGGCCGUUCAGGAGCUACCUAUAUUAAUGAGACUGCUGAGUGUGUAUGCUGGGCAGCCCCCUUUCUCAGCAUUAAGUUGCACAGAAGCAUUAGUAUGUUUUGAGUAGGUUCAGUUAAUCUCUGAAAAGUGGUUUUGAAGUUUUAAAAAAAAAAUAUUUUCAUAGAGUCGUCACUGGAUACUGUUUUUGUGGUGACUUCAACAGCAGAGGUUUGCCGAUGUCACGUGUGCUGACUCCUGCACAUAUGUUGCAGGCACUCCCCUUAGCUGCAUGUAGACUACCUUGUGGUGCUUGGAUUAGGUCAGGGAGAGGUGUGAGGCAGUGAACAGGUGGAGCCCAUCCAGUUCCAGGUCUAUAACUCAUCCCGUUAAUUUUCUAAGUUCUUUUUCAUUUUAAAGAGCUUACUUCAAGAUUAUAGCCUUUCUCCCAUUUUAGGCAGUAUUUAAGAAAAGGUAGCAAUGUGUAUGCAUUUUUUUUUAUACAUCUUUAAAAUCAACUUACAUUUUAUUGUAGUAACAACACUCCCAUAGACUGGGAUUCUACAUAAUUAGAACACUUACAAGUUUAGAAGUAUUUUUAUACUUGUUAAAUCUCAUUUUUGCUGAUUCAGUUAAUUUUGCUAAUAGAAGGAAGAAAAAAAUAUGAACUUGAGGGCUAGCUCUGGAAUGCCCUUUUACACUUAGAGCCAGUGCUGGCAAACCGGUCUCCUAGACGCCUCCACGCCAGACUCGCAACUGACUUGUUUCCCCUUGUUUUCCCUGUCUUGCAAAGACCUCCUUUUUAUAGCCAUCUUCACAGUAUGGCUGGCCACCAUAUGCAAAGGCAGUCUGUCCGACAUUCCAGAUUCCAAAUAAAAAAAAAAAUUAUGCUCCUGGGCCCAUCCUCAGUGCAGUGACUGUCCCAGCAUUGGAGCUGAAGUUGCUGACCAGAGAACACUGGUAUUACCUCCGAGCUUCUGGGAGAGCUGCAGGAUGCCUGGGAAGCAAUCACCGAAGCUCUACCAUAGCUCUGCAGAGCUGGACCCUCUUUAGGAGACCCAGCUUCUGGCUUCCAUUUUCUAGCCCCUGAGGCUCCCUGGGUUUGGGAGGAUGACAUGGAGACUGCUUCCUGGUCAGGACCCAGAGCCUCACCCAUAGCACUCCCUCAGACCCUUAGCAAUCUGUAGCACAGCAGGAAGGCUUUAUUCUGCUCUUAAAGCUUCCUGCAUAGCAUGUCAUUGGUGUCUGUUAAUCUGCAGUUGCCAGUCUCUUGGAUCCCUUAGGUAGGCCAAUUCUGUUGUAUCUGUAUUUCAUGAAAGAUUUCUACACAAGCCUUAUCUAAAAAACAAUACUCUUAGGCUGUGGGUUUUGUUCUUGUAGUAGUAUGGAUUGGAGAGGUACAGUUCACCAUCCCUUUACAGGCGUGUUACUCCUGACGGGCUCCUCUGUGCAUUACUCACCAUUCAGAUAGGACAUCAGUGAAACACAUCACUUCAAGACAGUUGCUUUGAACUGAAGUUUGGUUUCUUUCCUGUCUUGUGGUGGAUUCUAUGGUGAGGGCUAAAGCUGUUGCUUUCCUCUAAGGACAGCAGCCUGCUGAUUGAAGGACCUAAGAGCUAAUUAGGAAAGGACAGCAUACAACACGAUGCAGGUGUCACCAAUAGCACAUCUGGUGGUUGGUUUGUCACUGCACCUGAGACUGUAUUGGAAUUUCCCAAGGUGCUGGGCUUAGGAGCCACACUCGUUCCUGUUGGUUUCCUAUCAACCCACACAAGCUAUCUUUUUAACAGACACCCUAUCAAGGGUUUGCAGACUAUGGGCUGGUCACUCUUUUGUAAAUAAAAGUUUAUUGGAACAUAGCCAUGCCCAUUUGUUUAUGUAUUUUCCAUGGCUGCUUUCAAACAGGGUGGAGUAUCUACGACAGAGACCAUAUGGCCUACAAAGCCUGAAAGAUUUACUGACUGGACUUUUCAGAAAAAGUUUGUUGACCCUCCUUGCUUAAGAAAAUAAUUCUUUUUCAGGAACAAAUUUUGACUUCCCUCCCUUGUCCUCUUCUUCUUUUUCCUCCUUAUCUUUCCUCAGUUUUGUUCUUCUUUUACAUUUCUUUAUUUCUCCUUGCUAUGGAAGAGACACCUGAGCUACCGUAGCCUCACGUCUUCCUUCUUGGAGCCUCCCAUCACUGUGGCCACAGUGGGGCUGUCUUUAGCCUGAGGAGUUAGACCCCACAGCCAAAUACAGCUUCAGAUUUCUCAGGAUGGCCUGGGCCUCUCAAUUCACUCAGUCCUUAUCUUAGACCUGACUCUGGCUUCACAUCUUGUGUGUUACUGAAGCAAGCCAAGAUUUGGUUUUUGUUUUUGUUUUUUUGUUUGUUUUGUUUUUUCAAAAUUAGCUGAGAAUACUUUAGUUAGAGGUUCAGUUUUCUGAGCCACAUGUUUAGAUACGGAAAAAGCCUUUUCACAGAAGGGAAACAGAGUCUAGUCACUAACCCAAAGGAAAUAUUAUGUAAUGUUUUUGGGCAGCUUCUAGGAAAAUAAAAAUGUAUCAGCACUGAUAUUUUUUCAGUCACAUACUCUCCUUUCAAAAUAACUUUAUUAAAAGCAAGCCAACAAAUAAAAAAUAAGGGCUUGCUUUGAACAUGCUUUUAGAAAAGAAUAGGAAAUUGGAGCAUAUCAGAACCUGAGUGUGACUGAGAAGUUGUAGAUUGUACCUUUGGAUCAAAUCCAGUCAACCUCCAAGCUGUUGGUCUUUCCUCACCCCCACAACUCAAAUACAAGCUUCUAUACUGUGUCAUAUCAGUGAAAAAAUUUAUUUCAGUGGCCCCAGAACAGUGAUAGUUUCAGUUCUUUUGAAACAGAUUAAUUAUCAUUUUGACUUCUCAGCUGUUAGUUUUUGUCCUCUUAUGGCUUGAUACCUACUGAAGUACUGGAAACUCUUUCUACAAGUAUGAAAUCAUGUCUCUGUAUAUCACAUUGACAAGGCAGUCCUCAUAGCCCAGCAGAAGUAUUCUUCCCCAGGCUUGCUCCCAAAUUCUUUUGCAGGGAAAAAAAUUAAAAUAAAAAGAUUAUUGUAUUUAAAACAAGCAGAAUUGUGGAAAGCCUUUUGAGGCAACCUUCAAUAUAGUCCAUCCCUUGAAAUGUCAAAACAGACUGCUUGUUCUACAGUGGAUGGAUUGGAAGACUUGAAGGUCUGAUCUCUUUCCUUUAAAGAUAUUAAGUCAUACUCAGGCAGAAACCCAGAGCUCUCUGAUGCUGCUUCUGACUUAGGGCUUUGCUAUGUUGUGCUUGGGGUUCCAGAGCACCACCUGGGGCACUUCUGCAGAGGGUUUGCUUGCUCAUGCUUUUGCUCUGGGAACUGCUCACUCAGUUACUUCCAUUACCUCCUGUCUGUCUGAUCUUCUUUUCCCAGAGUGCUGGUGGUAUACGCUCAGUGCUCAGGAGACCUCCUUUGCUUCAUUGUUUAGAGGAGCACUUGUGUAGUUCCACCCACCUGGAGAGCACAGUGAUACACAGAGGCUUUCUCCCCUGCCUGAGACCAGUCCACUUAACACAAGGUGCUUAGCAGUAGGCAAGGAACAUGAAAGUACAUAUUGCCCAUAAGACAGCAACAACAGCAACAAAAAACAGGUGUUUAUGGUUUUAUAAUAUGCCAGAGGUUAGAGGAAUGCAUUUUACCUUUUUUUAAAGGGUUAUAUAUUUUUUAAAUGAAAGUAACAGAGACCAUAUGUAGCUGAUCACAGCCUAAAAUAUAAAAUAUCCACAACCUGGCUAUUUGUAAAAAAGGUUUACCGACCCUUUCAGUAUGUCAUUCAAGAUCAGUUAUGUGGACAGUUAGGCACAAAUAUUGUUCACAUAAUCCAACCUUGCACCAUUUUCUAUCCUUUUAGAUUUGAGGGUGUCUUGCCUGUUCAUCUUGGCACACAGGCUGCUGUUGCACAUUAUUUCUGAGUAUGCUUAUGAACUAAAGAAAAAGUAUCCCUUUUUGUUGAUCUUAUCUACUAGGAUAAGUAGUUAAAACUAGAAUUGCAAAGCCUUUUAAGUCUUCCUCUGUGGCAAACAGAUUUAGUAAUAGACCUAAAGCCUAGAUAGUGCCUCUCCUUGUCAGCACAGGCAGGCUCGUUUUACCCCCUAGAGCCCUCUUUUCUUUUUCGUGUAUGGUAUAUUUGAAGGCUCACUCCUCAAGUUUUGGUCACUACUUGUGAGCAUAAAUGGCUGGCCUGUACCUGUUUGAACCCUGAAUCCAGCCUGGCCAUUCUCAGCUCUCUUAAAAACACCAGCAUGUUGAUGGCACCUUGGUGGCACACCAGCAGCUGUAGACUGAAGAAGCUCAGAGCUCUCUGGCCUGGCUCACCUCAGUCUGAAGAGCCAUUCUUGACACCUCACCUCUUCCCUCUUCUGCUUAGGCCACCCAGCCCCCUUUAGGUAUCUUCUCUGGGACAGUCUCCCAUCUCCCAAGCAUGUCACUGGCCAUAGCUGUGUCCUACUAGAAACCUCUUUCUCUCCAUAACUUUAACUUUCCUUCUGGAAUGUAGCCAUUGGGUCCAAAUGCUCUUCAGUUUAUCAACUUUUUCAACCCACUUGUUUUCUGUAAUCUGCACCUCAUGCUGUCUUGCAGCUGAAGCUGUAGUAUUUGAGAGGUAGUUUGUGAGAAAGAUGCUAUAUAAACAAGAUCUGCAUAAUUUUAUGUAUUUAUACCACAGAUAGGGAUUCGUUUUAGAGCCACUGUAGUUUAAGGGUAUUCAUUUCACAGUGUUCUAGGAGACUGUGUUGUUGACUGUGGUUUCAAAUACAUUGUAUAAUACAUAGUUAUACACACCACUGUGGGAUUUAUUUCACUGUGUAAAUAGUGAUAUUUUCCUGUUCAAAUGCUUCUAUACAAAGUAUUUAUUUUAACAACAAAAAAACUGUCAAAAGGGCUUUCCAAUAAAGUGUUCUUUCUAGCCAUCCAUUCUCCUCAAUUACCAUGCUCAUCCAUUGUACCCCCUCCCCCAAACAACAUAGUGAAAGCAGAGGACGCAGCCUUGAAACCCUCACUCUGUUUGGGCAUAUGCAAUGUGGUUUGGGAACCUGAGUGCUUCCCCCACUGUCAUCCCAUCACAAAACAAAGUGGGUCUCCCAUAACGGGUAUGGCUGUGCCAGGCAUGGCAUCAGGGCUUGCUUCAAGCAGCCCACUUUUGCAUACACAGUUAAUACGUUCCAGCUAUCCAACAACCUGUGCAGGGAUAUGAGCCUUAGUUGUAACCCCAAGGAAAUCCAAACCCAAACCUGUGGGAUAUGGAGAAACCACUGGUUGCCUAAAGUAAGCAUUAAGAUAUAUUUUAGUCUUUCUCAUGUUUAUGAAAGACACACACCCGUUCACAGUCAUUAACCAUGGGAGAGAGAAGCGUGUUUCCUUCUGCACCUUGACAAUACUCACGAGCGCCUCAGCUCUCUCUUCUUCUCCCCUUUCCUCCUCAUCCUCCCCCUUUUCCCUGUCUCAGCAAGCAUCUGUGCAGAUGUGGGCCAGUCCCACCUGUAACCCAUGGUUACAGAAUGAGACCAUCUGUUCUAAGAUGUGUGCAGCUUUACUUCUCAGGAGUCUUGGUCUGCAGUUCAGAGCACCCCUUGAUGUGAUGGAACUGAUGGCUCUAUGAUCACGAUCAUCUCCCCUGUGCCACAUUCCCGGGCACCUCUGAGUCAUGUUUCUCAUUCCGCCCAGCUGGCUGGCCUGAGAACUGCGGCUCCAGGGCUGCAGAGGGCUUGGGACUGGACACACAGGGGGUUUUGUCCUCCAUCUAAACCAUAAUUUGCAUAUUUUCUUAUGGCCUCCCUUUGUCUUUUCUAACAAAUGAGGAGGAAACUUGAACAGUAAUGCUGGAGAAUGUUUUUUCUAAGAUACUAUUUGUAAGCAAAUUUGAUUUUAAGAUGAAAUGUGAAUGGGUAACUGGGUGCCAGGGAAUUUAGCACUGAAUUAGACAGUCAACACUUUUUUAACCUUUGCAGGAGGAAAUAGAUUUUGCUCUCAUCUAAUGUUCACAAGAAGUAAUGUUGUAAAUAGUUUUUUAAGAAUAUUUAUUAUGUGUGCUGUAUACAGAUUCAUGUUCUGAGUGGUGUUGGUCUGCAUUGUAGUAUUGUAGAAGGAUAUAUUUUGAGCAGUGGACUUACUUUCAUAACACAGUUCACACAUGGAGAAAGAACAGAAACUAGGUUGAGAGCUGUUUGGGGCAUUUGAUCUGUAAUGCUACAUCAAUCCAAGCUUUAACUGCCCCCUCUUCUCAUCUGGUUAUGUUAUAUAUUAUAUAUAUUAUAUAUUAUGAAUAUAUAUAAUAUAUGAUAAACUGGUCAGUUCCAGAUCUGCAGAGCAGAUUUCCAGGUGUUCUUUCUGAUGUGUUGCCCAUAAGCAAUAAGAUCCUAGGAAAUAACAUUUAUUCUGGGCUCUGCGUUAGCCCUUGUCUCAGAGGAUAGGGUGGGGGUAGAACAGCUCUUGCUAAGACCUCUUGCCUUUGCUGGAGAGGUUGCUGUACUUGAAUUUUUGCUUCUGUUUGUCUGCACGCUUCUUUAUGUCAUACAACUCUAGCAAUGGAUGAGAAAUCUGCCAGCACCAGACACAUCAAAAAUUGGGCAUGGAGAUUGAAAAAUGAUUAUUUUUUUUCCCUGAAUCUGUAAGGCUUCCAGAAUCUAGUUGAGGCAAAGCUCAUUUGGCUGUAAACCUAAGAAUUUUUUCUAUUAGAAAUUUAAAUUGCUAAAAGUCCUUUGAGUCUGUCUACUCUGCCUUUGAAAGCUAAGUCCAUGUCCUGUGAUCUUCCUCUGUGCCUGAGUUUGAAAUGUCUGGGGUCAAAACGUUUAGAUCCAAGCAAGGCAGGCAGUCCCUCUUCCGCGGCUCCUAGCGUGUCCAGUUCCACAGCUUUCUAAGCUGUUGAGCAGCCUCUCCUGUGACCAUCCUAAACUUUAUGAAAAAUACCCCACACCCAAAUAACCAUGAAUAGAAUAAUGUAGUUUUUUAGCUUUUGGAAUUUGUCUUCUCUUUUGUAUUUAUGAUGGUGUUUGGAAUUUUUCACUAGUGUUUUUUUAGAUUGAAGUGGGUGCAUUAGGAUAAAGCUUUCCAUUGCUGAGCCUGAAAGCCAGCAAGGGGAGAAGUACUGACCUAUAUUGUGUCAUUGGGAAGGUGACUACUUGUGGUGGUGGGAGGGCGGGGAGGGGGCGUUGUAGAUUAUGUGGGAGUAAAAUAGAACUCUGGCCUGAGGCUCCCCAAGUGUUAUUACCUUGUAAUAAAUAAUCCCCUUAUUAGCCUCACUUAAUCUCAAUAGAAGCCUGCUGUUUACCCUCAGGGAACAAGUAGUUUUCAAAAUUGAGCUCCUCCAAGGUCACUGGCCAGUGCCUAUGUGCAGGCCUUGGUUGUCUUUGUGAACUCAUGGCAUUAUUUCCCCAUAUGCAUUAUGAUACUAAGAAAUUCAACCCCAACCUGUAUGAAAAGCACAGCCCAGGGUCCUACUUUAGGCUAGAGUUAAUGCCUUUCAGGGGCCAGGGGGGCAUAGGAGGCCCAUGCAAUUUAACUGAAGCUCAGGUGCCGUGUUGGGUUUUUAUUCUUUUUUAGGCCACAACCCUUCAGAAUGAGAUUAGGGCAGGGGCUGCUGAUCCGGCUGUGGAUCCAGGGAGCUCUAAGAUGAAUCUCUACCGUUCCUUUAAGGUCUUUCUGGUUCCUCCCAGUGUUGUCAUUGCCGAGGUCAAUCUUGUAGUUGUUCAGAUGUGCUCCUUUUUGCUGUCUUGUGAGUCUUAGCCAGUGAUCCAGAUGCCCAAGGAGAGAGUCUCCAGAGGGCCUAGCCCCUUCCCAGUACCAAGUGUGUGCUCCCAACCUGUGCGAAGGUGGUCUUUCCAAAAGCAGUGAAUUGAUAAAUUCUGCAAAUGGUAAUCUGGAUGAUUGGCGUGUAUCUCUUGGGCCUGGAUUUCCAUUAUGUUAGUGAGUGUAGGAAAAUACUGUGUCUUUAAUGGAUGAAAAAUUCAAUGUAUGCUGUGAAUUUGUUGGUUUGAAACAUUGAAAAAUUUUCAUUAGACAAUGUUUACAUACCUCACCUGAAGAACCUUUGAGAGUGUAUAUAUGAAAUUUAAAAAUAUAUUAAGUUGCUUUAAAACAAUAUGUAUAGCUAUAAAAGUUGGAGUUAUUUUAACUUUGAAUAUGUACCGAGUCUCUUAAAUAUUGAAAUCUGUGGACUUUUUGUGCUUCUGUGUUUUACUUUCCUAUUAGGCCAUGUAGGAAACUGUGUUCUUGUUAUUGGUAAAGGGGCCCUCACUGAAAUCCAAGCUUGGAAGGAUUUCUUUUGUUGUUUCAGAUUUUCUUGUUUGGUUUUGAGGGAUUGGGGUAUGGAGCUAGAGGAUGUGUGGGAGGGAUUUCUCUAACAUUGACAUCUAUUACAUGAGCUUUUUCUAGGCGCUUAUUUUAUUGCAGCGUAUUAAACUUCUUUGAUAUUAAA